AUGGAUGUUAAAAAUGCCUUUCUAAAUGGAGAUUUAGAAGAAGAAGUGUAUAUAAAGCCUCCACCUGGGUAUCAACAUCCAAAAGACAAGGUCUGUUGUCUUCGUCGAGCUCUAUAUGGGCUCAAGCAGGCUCCAUGUGCAUGGUUUGCUAAGUUUAGUAAUACUAUGAAUCAAUUGAAUUUUUCUUGUAGUCCUCACGACUCAGCUCUUUUUGUUCGCUCUACUGCUCAUGGUAUUGUUUUGUUACUACUGUAUAUUGAUGACAUAACUAUCACAGGCAAUGAUAAUACAGGAGUUCAUGAGCUCAAGAUGUACUUGGGCCAGCAAUUUGAAAUGAAGGAUCUUAGCAGAUUGAACUAUUUUCUUGGGAUCGAGGUCCACCAUAGGAGUGAUGGUAUAUCUCUCUCUCAAGUCAAGUAUGCUACCGAUUUGAUAUCCCGAGCUCAUCUUUCUGAUGAGGAGGUUGAAACUACUCCUAUUGAACCAAAUGUUCACUAUACUUCUAUUGAUGGCACUUUGUUAGAUAAUCCCACCCAUUACCGACAAUUGGUUGGGAGCCUCAUCUAUCUUGCCAUCACGCGACCUGAUAUUGCUUAUGCAGUUCAUGUUAUUAGCCAAUUUAUGUCUGAGCCUCACACAACUUAUUAUGUAGCAGUUCUUCGAAUCAUUCAGUAUAUCAGAGGCACUCUGUAUCAUGGGCUUCACUUCUUUGCUAGCUCCUCUCUUACACUGCGAGCUUACUCUGAUGCCGAUUGGGGUGGUGAUCAUGAUGAUCGACGGUCUACGACAGGUUUCUGUAUCUUCCUCGGUCAUUCCCUUAUCUCUUGGAGAAGUAAGAAGCAGACAUUAGCCUCUCGCUCUAGUGCUGAAUCAGAAUAUCGUGCACUAGCAGACACUACUGCUGAGGUGCUGCACGAUCGUGAGAUCCGAAGCCUCCGUCACUCAUCUCAGCAAUGGCGAGGUAGUCAUCUCCCUUCAUCGAAGGUGAGUGUCGGUGAUUGGCGAGCGGAGACAAAACCCAGUAACGCAAAGCUUCCAAGACCAGAUCUUUGUUAUCGACGCCUGGUAACAGUGAGGCAAGGCUGA